UGUCGGCAGUAGUAGCUGUCGACGGGUCGGUCGGUCUUCCAACUUCUUUUUCAUUCUUGUGUUAUCUAGUCGUUUUCCGGUCACGAAUCGUACUUGACGUUCUGAGCUCGUAUCGUCGCUACCACCGCUGUUGCUGCUACUACUCCCGACAUGUCCGAGAAAUUCAGGGUGUGCAUCAUUGGCUCUGGGAACUGGGGUUCGGCUAUCGCAAAAAUUGUUGGUUUAAAUGCCAAACAUAACGAGGCCUUCUUGGAUCAUGUCACAAUGUAUGUAUACGAGGAGAUAAUCGACGGGAAGAAGCUGACGGAAAUCAUCAACGAGACACACGUGAAUGUUAAGUACUUACCAGGUCACAAGAUUCCAGAGAAUGUCAUCGCCGUUGCAGACGUUGUCGAAGCUGCCAAAGAUGCUGAUAUUUUAAUUUUUGUAGUGCCGCAUCAAUUUAUCCGCAGGAUAUGUAGUACACUAUUAGGAAAAAUUAAAUCAACAGCUGUCGGACUAUCAUUAGUUAAGGGUUUCGAUAAGAAGGAAGGCGGUGGUAUCGAACUUAUUUCACACAUAAUUUCUAAGGAAUUGCAUAUUCCUGUUUCCGUCUUGAUGGGAGCAAAUUUAGCCUCCGAAGUGGCUGAUGAGAUGUUCUGCGAAACAACUAUUGGAUGUAAGGAUAAGUCAAAGGCCCCGAUACUGAGGGAUAUUAUUCAGACGUCAUACUUUCGAGUCGUUGUCGUAGAAGAUGCUGAUUCCGUUGAAUGUUGUGGUGCUCUCAAGAAUAUUGUAGCGUGUGGCGCCGGUUUCGUAGAUGGCCUUGGCCUUGGAGAUAACACGAAAGCCGCAGUCAUUAGGCUCGGACUCAUGGAGAUGAUAAAAUUCGUCGAUGUCUUCUUCCCAGGUGGCAAGCUCUCGACGUUCUUUGAGAGUUGUGGCGUGGCCGAUCUCAUCACUACUUGCUACGGUGGGAGGAACAGAAAAGUCUCCGAGGCUUUUGUCAAGACCGGCAAGACCAUUGAAGAACUAGAAAAGCAAAUGCUGAACGGGCAGAAGCUACAGGGUCCUUUUACCGCAGAAGAGGUGAACUACAUGCUGAAGGCGAAGAGUAUGGAAAGUCGAUUCCCCCUCUUUACGUCCAUACAUCGAAUUUGCGUGGGUGAGCUCAAGCCAAAGGAUCUCAUCAAUUGCAUCCGCAGCCAUCCAGAGCACAUGUAAGAGUCGUGAUACUUUACCCUUCAUGGAAAUCCAUUUAAAUUCUUUGCAAGAUGGCGAGCGAGAUGCAAAAAUGAAAUAAGCAAAAAAUGCUCAAAAACCAAAUAAUACGUCAACUUAUUUAAUAUUAUGAAAUAUUUUAUCAUUAUAUGUUCGAGAAGAAA